GUCCCUCAGAUCAUACCUCCUUCUCGCUAACUGCACAGAGCCAGUGUUUGAGCAUUUCAUCCCGCCUCAAACAAAGUCCACCUGUGCGUUGAUCAGGGGAGAGCUGGCUGGAGUCGGCGAGAGACUGUGGCAGCUGUCUGUCUCGGGUUUCCUCUUGUUUACAAAGAUAGCUAAAAACGCUGCUGAGUGGGGAAGGCAAGCCUCAUGAGUCGGCCUCGUGGAUUGCAUCGACAUAAUGGAUUUAACUAAAAUGGGUAUGAUCCAGCUCCAGAACCCCAACCAUCCCACCGCCCUGCUGCAGAAGGCCAACCAGAUGCGUCUGGCCGGGACUCUGUGUGACGUGGUCAUCAUGGUGGACAGCCAGGAGUUCCACGCUCACCGGACUGUGCUAGCCUGCACGAGCAAAAUGUUUGAGAUCCUCUUCCACCGCAGCAGCCAGCAUUACACCCUGGACUUUCUUUCACCAAAGACUUUUCAGCAGAUUUUGGAGUAUGCUUACACUGCCACGCUCCAGGCCAAGGUGGAGGACUUAGAUGACCUUCUGUAUGCAGCAGAGAUCCUGGAGAUUGAAUACUUGGAAGAGCAAUGUCUCAAGAUCCUGGAAACCAUCCAGUCCUCAGACGAGAAUGAUGCAGAGGUCAAUGUUAAUGACGGGAGCACAGAAGAGGAUGAUGAGCGCAAAGGCCACAAUGGAGCAAAGAACUCCAAAAAGCAUUCCAUGGAGAGUUCCUAUCUGUCAGGUACCCAGCAAGACUCCAUCAUGGCUGCCAUGGUGGACCAGAGUCCCUCGGUCUCCACCUCUUUUGGUGUCUCCACCCUGAGCCCCACCAAAGCCGCCGUGGAUAGCCUGAUGAGCAUCGGCCAGUCUCUGCUCCAGCAGGGCUUUGGGGCUGAACAAAUUGUCCACGGUAACUCCCACCACCUGAUGACUGAAGUCAAGACUGAAAUGAUGCAAGUGGACAUGGGUGGCAACGGUCACGAAAGCCCUCCGAACAUGGAGUCCAGUGCCUCCAGCAAUGGAGAGCGGAGUGGGGAAGACAGAAACCGAGACGGCCCAGGAACCCCAACCAGGAGCAGCGUAAUCACCAGUGCCCGCGAGCUACAUUACGCACGGGAUGAAGGCAUGGGCGACCCUCAAGCUGAAGUCAGCCAGAUGGGUUUGGAUGCAAUGGCCGGGAUGACAGAGAAACACCUGGCCUCGCUGUACUCCCUACCUGUCAAUCACAAAUCAGAUGCCAUCAUGUCUAUGCCGGCAUCCAUGGCCUCAGCUCUCCCUAUGUCCCCAGCCCUGGCUAUGUCUAUGGACUUCAGUGCCUACGGGGGACUCCUGCCUCAGAGCUUCAUCCAGAGAGAAUUCUUCAGCAAGCUCGGGGAGCUGGCAGUGGGCAUGAAACCAGACGGCAGGAGCCAGCCUGAACGUUGCAAUGUUUGCGGUGCAGAACUACCGGAUAACGAAGCUGUGGAGCAGCACAGGAAGAUGCACAGUGGAAUGAAGACCUACGCCUGUGAGCUGUGUGGGAAGAGCUUCCUGGACAGCCUCCGCCUACGGAUGCAUUUGCUGUCUCAUUCAGCUGGUGAGAAGGCCAUAGUGUGUGACCAGUGUGGAGCCCAGUUCCAGACUGAGGAAUCCCUGGAGGCUCACCGGCAGAUCCACACCGGUUCGGACAUGGCCAUCUUCUGCCUGCUUUGCGGGAAGCGUUUCCAGACCCAGACAGCAUUGCAGCAGCACAUGGAGGUCCACGCCGGCGUUCGCAGCUACAUUUGCAGCGAAUGCAACCGGACUUUCCCCAGCCAUACUGCACUCAAACGUCACCUACGCUCACACACGGCAGGGGACCACCCAUACGAGUGCGAGUUCUGCGGGAGCUGCUUUCGAGACGAGAGCACACUUAAGGGCCACAAACGCAUCCACACCGGGGAGAAGCCCUAUGAAUGUAACGGCUGUGGGAAGAAGUUCAGCCUCAAGCACCAGCUGGAAACCCACUACCGCGUGCACACAGGUGAGAAGCCAUUCGAGUGCAAGCUGUGCCACCAGCGAUCCAGGGACUACUCGGCCAUGAUCAAGCACCUGCGCACCCACAACGGCGCCUCGCCCUAUCAAUGUACCAUCUGCCUGGAGUACUGCCCCAGCCUGUCAGCCAUGCAGAAGCACAUGAAAGGCCACAAGCCCGAAGACAUCCCCCCAGACUGGCGCAUAGAGAAGACCUACCUGUACCUCUGCUACGUCUGAGGCCGGGAGAGUGAGCGCAGAGAGAGGGUUCGUGUGAGGGUGGGGGGACUGGGGUUGAGAGGAAAGGCGAAUGUAAUUGAGCUGAUAGGAGGCAUGAGGCUGUGGCGGAGGGUUGACGAUUGAGGAAUGUCAACGGCGAGAGACUCGAAAGCAAGAGGGUUAGUUUUCUCUGUUUUUCUUUUCAUGCAAAGGCGGCGACGGGGUAAAAAGGUGGUGAUGAUGGGACGAAAGUGCUAAGAGGAGGAAGACUUGGACACGGAGAGAGAUUCUCCACCAUUGUUCGGACUCACCGGGUCAUUCACUACAUCUGCAACUGUGUUAUCGUUUCAGGCCAUUUCACGCAGCAGCAUAACGAGAGCGAGCUGCACGGAAGUGGCUUUUCGGAUGCUGCUGCCGCCUGAGUGCUGCGAACGCAGAUUCUCAAGGGCUAUCUGAGCUUAUGCAUUCUGAAUCCUUCACUCCAUUCUGAAUUAUUUGUCUUCUACUUCAGUAUCGGUUUGUUUACACUCGCUCUCUUUGGUCAAACUAGUUUGGAGCACUAGUUUAUGAACUUGAGGAUCAGUUUAGACCUCCAGGUCCUUAUGUCACAGUUUGCUUCUCAAGUAUUGACGAACUGCUGGCUUUCAGAAGCCACAGUCCCUCUCCUCAUGGCCACACACCUUUGUGUUAUGGUAGACACGAACCAUAACAAUACUGGAGCAGGACCUGGACAUGUUCUCUGACAAACCAACCGAAUUAAAGAAACGUCAGCUUAGGAUGAUUUAGAUGAAUAUGCCUCUGAUUCAAAGCGAGUCUGUCGUUCGGCCUUCCAUUAUUUCUGCCCCAUGUUGCCAGUUUUCACAGAAAUCUGCCACUAAACCAGUCCGUUGAUGAGACGGCGGCCGUGGCAGUGAGAUAGCCCCUGAGAAUCAGCAGCGGAGUCGGCAGGCGUAUCGCAGCAGAACAAGCAGUUGAACUGGAUGAAUUGGAGCACUAAAAUAAAAACUGCAAACCGAGCACGUUGUUUGGUUGUGAGGGAGGAAGAUGUUAGUGCUGCUUUUUGUUGUUGUUGUUGUUGUUGUUGUUGGAAGUCUCCCCACUUUUCUCAGUAGUCUUCCUGGUUCUGCAUCUCUGUCAGAUGAGGGCUGGAGAAAGUCGAGUCACCACUGGCCACCCACGGUUCUCUCCAGAGAGCCAAAGGCUAACUCGUGUCACUUUUUCAUCUUAUAUAUUUUUUUGAUUUUAUUUUCAGCUCUGCAUCGUAGUUUAUCAUGGCUUGAUUGCACAGGUAAAACAAAUUACGACAACAGUCUCUGUUUGACGUCUGCAAGUUAUAUCUUCAUUCAUUAAAUCAUAAGUCUCUGUUACAGUACGCCACAGUAAUCAACCUAUCCACCUACUCAGCAAUAGACAACUGGACUGCUUUUAUCCAUGUAUAUUAACCAGAUGACUCAGUAUCUCACACUAACGAUGAACUACACAAACUGACACAAACAGUAACACUUUGACCACAGCAGACCUGUCCAUUCACCGCAGUGAUGGAAAACAAAAUGGGACAAUGGUUAACCGCUGCUUUCCGUGGGAGUCCUGUGGCUUCGACUGCUCGUAGUGAAUGUUGAAGAAGAAGUGCUGGGAAUGCCUUAGCUGCACACCUUUAGCCAAGGUGGCGCGGCAGGUAGAAGACUGUUAAUACUGCAUCAAAACAUGAAUGUGAAAGAAUGUGAGCCAGGUUCGCCCUGGGCUGCGUCACAGUACACUGCGGGUUAAUGCUGCCUUUCACUGGACGUCAGAGAUCUACAGUUCCCGCCCUGCAGGUGGUCACGGCUCCUCCCGCCUUCCACAGGUUCAGAUCAGAGCCGACGCUGAAUUGCUGUUCCCCUUGCAACAGCUCAUACUUCAGCUAGCUGGUAAUUGGAACUGAUCGCUCGCUAUCACACGUUUUGAUAGACGGUUUGGAAUAUUCUGACGAAAGGGCCGAAGCAGAUCACGUUUUGGUGCCGUGUGAUCCACAGAUUCAAACUCAAGUGUCCACUGAGGCGAGGCUGGAUCGUCAGAAGGUCGCACCAGCAGUGAUAAAGACCUCAAAGUGGCUCCUGUGUUGGUUUUAAGUGAUGCAUACUCCCAAAUAUAUAUGCAUUGAUUUGAAUUGCCAGUCGGGGGGGCUUAUGGGCUUCAUGUGUUGCUGCAAAGCUGACAGAACUGCAUCUUGGAAGAAAUGCAACUCUGAAUGCUGUUGAAAGGCUUGUUUUGGUGAGGAGGAGGAGGUGGGAAUUCGGGUCUUUGUGACGUCUCUUGAAUGCAGCGUUAGCCUGCGUGACCUGAGCAGCCACAGGUGUUCGUUUGAACCUUGAAGGCUUUAGCGAGCAUCACUGCGUGUCACGUUGUAACCGGAGUGAUCGCAUAUCCAAACGGCCGGUGGGAAAGGGGGAAAUCACUGAUGGGACAAGACACGGCCCAGCAGCUUGAGGGGGCGACCAGUAAGACGACAGAAUAAAUCAACUCUUUCUCUGUGGUUUUGUCCCUGUGCUUCGUCUCGCUCGUCUCCUGUCGUUGUUGUUGUUGUUGUUGUUGUUGUUGUUGUUGGUUGUUGUAAUUUACCUUGAGUUUGAUCUCAACACAUCGUACUUGAAUUACCUCGUUUUGUGACCUCAUCUUGCUUGUGUAUUUCAGUUUUCCCUUUUGUUUUAUUUGUACACUUUUAUGUUUGUUUUCCUUUUGUUGAUGAGUGCAUGUGGAGAAGAUGCAUUGCACAACACGAUGAAGCAAUGUGUACGCCGAGAAAUUAAGUGCCACGGUGAAGAAUUUUCUUGUUUGUUUUCUAAUGUUUUUGUAUUUCUUUGUGCAUUACUUGUUACCAAACUUGGUAUUAUUAACCCCGCAUGUUAAUGAGCCAGAAGGUUUGGUCAUUUGUUAUAAAAGCUACCUCUAAGUUGUUUUUGUUUUUUUCUUUUGUUUUUGUUUUGUUUUGUUUUUUGCAAAAGCACAUUUUGUAUGUGUGAGCGCGUGUGUUUGUGUUUUGCAUUAUUUCAUCAUUGCUACUUCAUCUCAUGCUUUUUUUUUUCAAAAGUUGAUUUAUGAUUGUUUUUAAGCAAAAUGUAUAUAAAAAGGAUAAGAGAUAACAAAAGUAGAGGCCGAUAGGAUUUGAAAAGUCAUUCAGACGGAUGUUUAUUCUUCUCUUAUAGUCUCCCCCUGCACCUCCAACCACAGACGAGCAGAGGAAAAGAAAGAAAAGCAAUUUUGAAGCCUUAAGUGACGAGUAGGAGGGAUGUGGCAGAUAAGAGGGAGUACUAUUGCUUUUUAAGAGGGUUUAAAAACAAGAAUUUAAACUUGAAAAUAUGUGAAUAGAAGUGUAGUUUUGUAAUGUGAAAUAAAAAAGAGAAGGCGGUCCAUGAAAAGGGCCGAACCAGCCGGGACAGGUCAUGUUUGCAGCGAUGCAGAGUGCGUUGGACAAUUGGAACUGCAAGUGGUAAUCAACAACAAAAAAAAGAAAAACCAGAAGGUUAAAAAUAGAGAUUCUCUCGGCUGACAAGCUCUCUGGAGAAAUGAGCGUAUUCCUGAACAAGAGCCAACAGAGGCAAUUUGAUAUAUAAAAAUUGUGAUAUUUUUGUAUUCAGUGUCAGUCCUUUUUCCAUUUGUGGAGGGUUACAGCAGGGCACAAAUAUUUGUAUUUCCUUUUUUGUUUUUUGUUUUUGUUUUUUUACCUUUUUUUUCUCUCUCUGGGUGUGAAUCAUUUUUGCCUUGCUCCUCUUUGAUAUUGUUGGACAAAAAAAAAAAAAAAAAAAAAAGAAAGAAAAAACGUGCGUGAACAUAUUGUAAUAAUAAGUGUCGCUUUCUGGAUGUCAGUUGCAUUGUAGGUGAAGGACUAAAUCUAUCCGCCACAAACUUUACGAGUGUGUGUAUGUGACAAAGUAAAGAAAACAAAAAACAAAACACAAUAAAAAAACAAAAAAGAUGAUAAAACAUGGGACGGCAGGGGCUCGCUGCCAAACCGACCAAUUAGUACUUGUCAUUCACAAUUUUUCAAUCAAACUUGACUGUCGGCGUAUUUUUUGUUUGUUUUUGUUUUUGUAUUUGAAAAAAAAAAAAAGAAGAAGAAGAAGAAGGGAUGGCAUGUCCCGUGGUGUCUUGCCAUUUUCUUCUCAAACACUGUGAGCUGAGGGGCUUUUCCCCCCUCGUGUAACAUCCACCCACUAUAAUAAACCCGGUCGUCACGGCUCAGUCUGAACCGCCACAAUGCAAGACCCGAUCAGUCACAUUGUUCCUAUCAUCGUCCUCUGAAUGUUUUCUACUCUUUUGUGCGGGUGAAAGAGUGUGUAACUGUGUGUGUGUGUGUGUGUGUGUAUUAGUGGAAAAAUGCACUAAUCAGAUCAGAUACAAAAUAAAAUGAUAUUCUAUGCCACUUUUUUUUCUCUAUGUUGGAAAAAAAAAUCUAUAUAUACAUCGGCAUCGUUCUAGUUCUUCCCUCAGUGUUCCUCCAAUGUUUCUGUACUCUAUCUUUGUGCCUAAAAAUGGAAUUUGUUCAACAAAAAUAUCCAUCUAUAUCUGCUUAGUUUCUGUAUUUUCAGAAGAAAAUAAAAAUGGUGUCUCCAGCACCCUAGGGAUGUCAUGACGCUCGAAAAUGACCUGAUUUCUUUUUUUUUCUUUCUUUUUUUAUGAAUCCUGAAUAGAGCAGGGCUUCAUUUUCAAGGACUGCAAUAAACCCUUCAUGCUAUUGAAAUAGCAACUGGGAUUCUGCAUUAUUUUUUUGUUUUUUAAGGCUGUGCUGAUUGGCACCCAAAAGCGUUUAUUUAGCGACACAAAACAAAGCGUGAGGGAAAUUCAGCAGAACCCAGACAGGCUGCAGUGGCGAAACAACCUGCUUCAGGAUGAAAAUCUGCUCCACUGAAUCGUGUUUCUGUAAGCAAAUUAAGCACCACAGUGUGGUUCUCCUCUCAGAUUGUCCGCUCGGUUCUUUCCCCGCCGCCUCUCUUUUCGUCAGCAACAGGUUUGCUGGUGGGAACUUUUUAUUGCUCUUGAAAAAGGAAAAUGAGUAAAACCUGCGUUUGGGUGGGUUGGCACUAGGGGAGAAGGGGGGCGCCCCUUCUGCUUUGCUUCAGUUUUUUGUUUAGUUUUUUUAAAGUACUUUUUGAGUUUGUUCUUUUCUACAAAAGGCAUUUAGACGGGGAUGUUGAAUUCGUCAGAGAGGAAUCAUGGCAUCCCUGGAGCUGGCACUCUGUGUUUUGGUGUGGUGUCUCUAGAACAAAGUAGCCAUUUCAUGCAGUGUUGCAAUGCAUGUGCCAUCGAGGUCUAGACUAAAAACUGUUUGAGUAACAAAGCACCAAGACAUUGUAUUUUUUUAUAUUAGCACUGAGGACCAAUUGCCCUGUCGGACCAAGCAUAACAAAGCUUUUUAUGUAACAAAGCUUUUCUCUCUCUCUCUUGUCUUUCCCUGGCUUGUCUGUGCUACUUCUCCAUUGUUGUGACAGCACAAGUGCCAGUCAAGUUGCUCUGUAUUAAGAAAAUAGUGUUUUUAUUAUGAUUUGAAUUGUUAUAGUUUUUGUCUACCUCAGCACCUAAUCUUAGCCUAAUCUUAGAAGGUGCCCAAUUAUUAUUUUUUAUUUUCUUUAUUUUGUUCUCUUAUUGUUGUCAGUUGUAUGAUUUUUUUUUUUUUUUUUUUUGAAAUUUGCAUUAGAGCUUUGCAAAGGUCCUUUGUCUUUUCCAGCGACAACGUGCUAUUUUUUUUCCUGUGGCAGUACGUUUCCUGUUGAGCUGUGCCACCAAUCUAUAGCCACCGUCUGUUGAUAUAGAGGUUGUUCUUUUUUGUUUCUUUCCAUGUAGAAUCAGACACCUCUCUUUGUAACAUUUCAGUGUUCUCUGAUGGAGUGUGAAAAAAAUAAAAAUGAGAAAUAAAAGAUUUAAUGCUGCAGGUUCUCUUCUCCAUGUUGUCACUAAAGUCAAUGUUGUGCCUUUGAUAGUGAAAAUAUAAAUAAUAUUUCUUUUUUUUUUUACAUCCUACUAACAGUAGAUUGUUUUUUUGUAGUGGAAUUUUUUUGUAUUUUUAUUUAUGAGUCUCAAUAAAAAUCAAAUCAUGAUGUUCAGUUGUAUACUUUCGAUCUGCGGUUAGAAAAAAUAAAAAAUGGACUUCA